GUCCACAACAAUCCACACCAUGUCCAAGCGCACACACGAGCAGAUGGCCACGACUGAGGUGCUCCUCAAGGAGCACUGACGACAGAAACGGUUCUACCGGCAGCGCGCGCACGCGAACGUCUUCAAUGACCAUGUUCUGGACUACCCACAAUCGCCAGACCAGAUGGACUGGAGCGUGCACUACCCCAAAUACUUUGAGCCGGGGGCGAGCAAAGGCGACAAGCUCGUCGAGUGGGCUGAUGUGGGGUGUGGGUUCGGCGGACUGCUCAUGGCGCUGGCGCCGCAGUUCCCGGACACGCUCAUGCUUGGCAUGGAGAUCCGCGUCUCGGUGACGCAGUAUGUGAGCGACCGCAUUGCGCAUGCGCGGCAGGUCGAGGCCACCCUUCCCCCCGAUGCGCCAGACGCAAGACCUGGUGGCAUGCAGAACGUGAGCGUGAUCCGCGCAAACAGCAUGAAGCACAUGCCAAACUUUUUCGCCAAAGGCCAGCUGUCCAAGGUCUUCUUCCUCUUCCCCGACCCCCACUUCAAGACGCGCAAGCAGAAGGCGCGCAUCGUCACCACCGCCCUCCUGGCAGAGUACGCCUACGUCCUCCGGCCAGGGGGUAUCUGCUACACCGUGACGGACGUGAAGGACCUGCACGAGUGGAUGGACUCGCACCUCCGCAAACACCCCUUGUUCGAGUACAUCCCAACCGAGGAGAUGGCAGGUGACCCCAUCCUCGAGGCCGCGCGCACUGCAACCGAGGAGGGGCGCAAGGUCGAGCGCAACGGAGGGGACAAGUGGGUCUCGUGUUUCCGCCGCUUGCCCGAUCCCGAGGAGGACUAGAUGGUGUGUAUUGUAAUGCACGGCUCGUGUGCGCUGAGAGUCACGGGACGGGGCGUACAUCUAAACUUCCCACGCCCUCUUUCUUUGGCCAUCUUGCCAUCAUCACUACUAAAACGGACCUCUCGUUCACCACAUCACUCAUCACUCACUAUCACCAUGCCUCCUCAUCGUCAACAGCGCAAAUUCAGCGAGCUGUCCUGUGUAACGGCGCGAGACGGUUCGGUCGUCAAGC